CACCCAAAAACAUUCCAAAAAGAAAUAAAGUUCCCAUUCUUGAUUGUUCAUCUAGCUUCCCAAAAUAUCAAUUAUGGCUUCUUUUCUUGCAAAUGGAAUCUCAUGUUUUUCACCUCAACCCAUAACUGAACUCCCAAAAGGGUCUCAUUUUUUGCAAAAAUCAACCACCCCAAGAAACCCUAAUUCAAGAAACUUGAAGGUCAAAUCUGCAAAACUAAGCUAUGAAGAGGCUACUAUUGAAAACCAAGGUAAACAAUCUUCAAUUUCAACUUCAAAUGAAAAUGACCAACUUAAUAAAUUCUUGAAAAGAGAUUAUAAAUGGGGUUUCAAUCAAGAAAUAGAUUCAUUUUCAUUACCAAAAGGACUUAAUCAAGAAACUGUUAAGCUUAUAUCUGCUAAGAAAAAUGAACCAAAUUGGAUGCUUGAAUUUAGAUUAAAAUCAUAUGAUAAGUUUCUUAAAAUGAAUGAACCUAAAUGGUCUGAUAAUAAGUACCCUGAAAUUAGUUUUCAAGAUAUUUGUUAUUAUUCUGAACCUAAAAAGAAACCAACUUUAAAUAGUCUUGAUGAAGCUGAUCCUGAACUUAUUAAGUAUUUUGAUAAAUUGGGUAUAUCGUUGAACGAAAAGAAUCGAUUAGCUAAUGUUGCGGUUGAUGCUGUUCUUGAUAGUGUAUCUAUAGCUACAACACAUAGGAAGACUUUAGAGAAAUCAGGUGUGAUCUUUUGUUCCAUAUCCGAGGCGAUUAGGGAGUAUCCGGAUUUAGUUAAGAAGUAUUUAGGGAGAGUUGUGCCCCCGGAGGAUAAUUUUUACGCGGCUCUGAAUUCGGCUGUGUUUAGUGAUGGAUCAUUCGUGUAUAUACCUAAGAACACUAGGUGUCCGAUGCAAAUCUCGACUUAUUUUAGGAUAAACGCGAUGGAAACCGGACAGUUUGAGAGGACUGUGAUAAUUGCGGAGGAAGGGAGUUUUGUGGAGUAUUUAGAAGGGUGUACUGCGCCUUCUUAUGAUACGAAUCAGUUACAUGCCGCUGUGGUGGAGUUGUAUUGCCACGAAGGUGCGGAGAUUAAGUAUUCGACCGUGCAGAAUUGGUACGCGGGGGACGAGGAAGGUAAAGGAGGGAUUUAUAAUUUCGUUACGAAGAGGGGACUUUGUGCUGGGGCUCGGUCGAAGAUUUCGUGGACGCAAGUGGAGACGGGGUCUGCUAUUACUUGGAAGUAUCCGAGUGUUGUGUUGGAAGGUGAUGAAUCAGUUGGUGAAUUUUAUUCUGUUGCGUUGACGAAUAAUUAUCAGCAGGCGGAUACGGGGACGAAGAUGAUACACAAAGGGAAGAAUACAAGGAGUAGGAUAAUUUCAAAGGGUAUUUCAGCGGGGCAUUCUAGGAACUGUUAUCGAGGAUUAGUUCAGGUGUUGUCCAGUGCAGACAAUGCUAAGAACUCGUCUCAGUGUGACUCGAUGCUCAUUGGGGAUACUGCUGCAGCCAACACUUAUCCAUACAUUCAGAGCAAAAACCCAACCGCCCGCAUCGAACAUGAAGCGACCACGUCAAAGAUUGGUGAAGAUCAGUUAUUUUAUUUCCAACAGAGGGGAAUCGACUAUGAGAGAGCGAUGGCUGCGAUGAUUUCGGGUUUUUGUAGGGACGUUUUCAACGAACUUCCCGAUGAAUUUGGUGCUGAAGUGAACCAGCUGAUGAGCUUGAAACUUGAAGGAUCUGUUGGUUAAGCACACUUUUUAUUUAGUGAAUAAAAGCUAAUUGCUAGUAGCUAAUGGUUGUUGUCCUAUGUACAGUUGUAAUCAGUUAUACAACAGAAACUUUGCAUUAACACUCAUUGUGAAUAAUGCAUUAAGGCAUUAUCUUCUGAUAUGUUUGUAAUAUAUCCCAAAACUUUUGAGGAUAGAUUCCACAUUGAUUGUAUUAGAGAAUAAAUAAUCAAGCUUUAGCAUUAUUAGUA